AUGGAGGACUGUGAUGCCAUCAUGCGGAUGACUUGGGAGUCCCUCUUCCCUGGUACUGACUAUGACGGGUGGAAGCAUCAAUUUGACGCAGCCUCCCUUGAGUUCAAUGAUAGGCUCUUGAGAGAAGCCCAGGAGGAAGAGGAGGAGGAUUCGUCCGACUCUAAUGAGGGCAACACACAAUUCGAUGAGAGUGAAGAGGAAAGCGUACCAGAGACGCCGCAGUAUCCUCCAGCAGUUCCCAGACUGGAAUCCAACCAGGUUGCUGCACGAGCGACUCGAAUUUGGUCUGUUGCGGAAGAUGAAACUUUGAUUAGGUUGUUCAUGGAGAUCAGCGAGAAUGCUAUUAAAGGUACGAGCCAGAAAGCAACUUCCCUUUGGCGCGAUGUACACGCAGCAUAUCAAAUGGCUCAUGCGGAGAAGCCGCAUAUACUUCCGCCAAGACCUAUGAAGAGGCUGACGUCGCACUGGAGAAGGUUGGCAGCGGACACACUACAGUGGAUAUCUUGCUAUGAUGAAGCGGGUAGACUUCCGGAGGGAGGGAGUGGUUACAACGAAGCUGACCGUAUAAAAUGUGCGUCGAAGCUUUUUCAUCUCGCCUAA